AUGGGGCCCGAGCUGCGCGAAUCCAUCGACGCGUUCGUCGCGGAACACCGCGUGGUGCUCUUCAUGAAGGGGACGAAGGACGCGCCGAGGUGUGGGUUCUCGAACACGUGCGUGCAGAUUUUGAACUCGAUGAACGUGCCGUUCGCGGACGUCGAUAUCCUGGCGAACGAGGACUUGAGACAGGGGAUGAAGGAUUAUUCGUCGUGGCCGACGUUUCCGCAGCUGUACGUAGGCGGAGAAUUCUUCGGUGGGUGCGACAUCACCGUCGACGCGUUCAAGGACGGGUCGCUCAAGGAGGAACUCGAGCGCGCGAUGUUGGAGUGA